UCAUCUCUCUUUUCUUCUUGUUCCAUAAUCCAUAAAUCAGAUAAAANGAAAAAGAAGAUGGAUUUGAGUUCAGUUUUCACAGCUCCACCUAUUAUCAAGCUGCAGAAAAACUUCUUACCAGAAUUCAAAGCUCUUCCACAACUUCACUUCACUAAAAGCACAAAGCAUAUGCAAAAACAGUUGCUUUCGGUUCGUAAAAGCAGAAAAAAAUUCAGAGUGUGUUGCAGCCAAGUUCAAACAGAAGACAACACCGAAAGCGAUGAAGACUGUGAGUUAGUGAAUGGGACCGAACUAACCAUUGGGGAAGAAACCCGAGCAUAUCUUUUUACGGCCGUAAAGAACAAUAAUUCAACCGGGAUAAUUCUCUUGUCAGAUAUUUUCGGUUUUGAAGACUCGGCCACUCGGGAUUUCGCAUAUCGUGUAGCUUGCAACGGUUACAACUCGGAAAGCAAAAAAGCAAAAAACGUCAUAUUCGAGUCAGCGAAAUGGAUGGUUAACGAAUUUGCAUCCGUAGGAAUAUCAAACAAGCUCGGGAUUAUCGGUUUUUGCUAUGGAGGAGGCCGAGUCAUCGAAAUUCUAGCUCAAGACCAAGGUGAAUUUUUUGGGUCGGGUGUCUCGUUUUACGGCACGAGGAUCGAUUCCUCUGUUGCUAGCAAUAUUAAGGUGCCAUUGUUGAUGAUCAGUGGUGAUGAUGACGAGCUUUGCAAUAUUCGUGUUUUGGAGGAUUUUACCAACCGUAAUAAAGAAUUUACGGAGAUGGUGGUUUUCAAAGGGAGAGGCCAUGGUUUUGCUCAUCGGCCUCAGACUCCAGAAGAUGAUGCUGAUGCAGAGGAAGCUUUUGUGAUGAUGAGAAAUUGGCUUCAAGAUGGACUUCUUGCAAAAAGAUGA